UAACCAACAACACUCAGAAUACGAAUAUAAAAUAUUGAGGAGUGAAAAAUCUCGAUUUUUGAAAGCAACUGUAGAAACUGUCGCGUGUUUUAUUUAACGUAUUCUUUUAGAAUAAAAAUCUACACGUGCACACUCAUUUUUCGUUUUUCGUUCUCUAGUCUAGAUAUAACAGACCGUUUGGAAAUACGACCAAUACAUGUAUGUCCAAAACAUCUCUGCAUAUUUACUUUUAAACAUAGUGUAUCAUUAGUUAGCGAACGAUGAUGUUUUAAAAACUGCUCUUACAGAAUGUUUUUUAAAACAUAUUCCAUUAACAUUGGAAGAAACUAUGGCAUUCGUUUACUACUUCAACUGAUCCUUUUUGCAACAGUUCUAGUGUUAGUGGAAUCUUUGAACUGUGUUGAGAUUUCCACCUUUAUAAGAGAGAACUCUUUCUCCAACUUACUCCUGACGGAGGGCAGAAUACGAACCCAUGUCGGCGUGCAGAAUGAUGGUGACUGCGCCGUGAGAUGUGAAAUAAACCCAGACUGUAAAUCUUUCUUCUUCAACAAGAACUCUCGCACCUGCCAGACCAACUCUGUGAUUCACCUGACGACAGCUGGGUCAGUAUUCGACCAAGGGUCGCUUUACUUCAGGACAAAAACGGAGUGUCAUGGACCGCCGUCAGUACCACGCGCUCAACCCCAGUUCGACGUGAACUCUCCUCCAAACGCCACAGGAGCGGUACACGUGUGA